AUGGCGGACGCCAAACCCUUUACCUGGAAGCUCUUCGUCGACAAAGCCAAAAAACGUGUUACGUUCGUUGAAUCAGAUAAGGAUUUCGUGGACGUCCUCCUCAGCUUCCUCACACUGCCAAAUGGAACUAUCUACCCGAAGGAAGAGGCGAGCAGGCCGAUGCUGCUUUUUCCGAGGAAUGCAUCUGCAACUGAAUGCAAGAGCCUGAAGGUCAGCAUUGACGACACAGAUGAAGUUCACUACGUCUGUUCAUCACAAGGACUGCCGCCUCUAUUCUCACUGUCUGUCAAACUAUUACCCCAACUCCAAAUGCCGGUGCGGUAAAGACACGACCGAGCAACUCCGGUUGGACAGCAAAAGGAAGUACUACUUUUUGCAAGAUAUGCUGCUUUCAGUUAGAUCUCGUGAACAGGGUGUGUUCGUCAGAGGCACCAGAUUCGUUGUAGGGGAAGAUUUGGCAAUAGCCCCUGUGGACGACUUCUCCUGAUUGCUCCACAAUCUUUGCAUCAGCGAAUGGAGCAACCUGGAACGGAAGCUGGCGAAGAU